UAAAACAAACUGAAAUAACUUACUAAAUAAAAUGAAUAAUUUCUCAGUAUUCUUGUGUUUUGUGGUUAUAAUUGCUGCUGUCUGUGCUACCGAUUAUUGCUCCAACUCAAUUUGCGAUAAAGGCGUUAAACAUAUUGCUUGUGGAAAUGGUAAAUUUGAUGCCUCCUGCCCUGCCGACGCUAAAAUGGUUAACAUUAACGAUUCACUGAAAAAAAUUUUAGUUGAUGCUCACAAUGCUAAACGUAACUUUAUUGCUGGUGGUGGUGAUUCCAAACUAAGUCCUGCCUGCCGUAUGGCCACCAUGCAAUGGGAUGAUGAGUUGGCUGCCGUUGCUGCUUUCAAUGUUAAACAGUGUAAAAUGCAACAUGACAAAUGUCGCAACACUGAUGCCUUUAAAUUUUCCGGCCAGAAUUUGGCCUAUAUAAGUUUUUACGAUACUGCCAAUGAUACCGAAAAAAUGCAUCAAUUCGUUGACAUUUGGUUCUCUGAAGUUCAGAACACCAAACAAUCGUACAUUGAUUCGUAUCCUAAUGAUUAUACUGGACCAAUGAUUGGUCACUUCACUGUCAUGGUGGCUGAUCGUAAUAUUCGCGUUGGUUGUGCUGCCUCUAAUUUCGCUGUAGCUGGUCAGGAUUAUAAGCUUUACUUGAUUGCCUGUAAUUAUGCCACCACCAACGUAUUAAAUUUUCCAUUAUAUGCCAGCUGCCAGAAGGCUGGUACAUCUUGCACCACUGGCACCAAUCCCAAAUAUCCCAACUUGUGCUCUGCCUCUGAACAUUAUGAUGUGAACAAAUGGUUCUAAAUUAAUGUGAACAAACAGUUGGAAUUUGUUUUAAAUAAAGAGUUUAUGAAAUA